GACUGUAUAGUGUAUACUAUACCUGUAUGUAGUACCUAUAAAGCCUACAGAACAAUAUGUAAGAUCCGUGGUCGAGACAUUUGACGUUUGCCGUUUGGAUUGUCGACCAAACCACAUGCUUUUAACGUUCAUUAUCGUGUCCGUGUUUGGUGUUUGCUGUUCACGAAAUACCGAUUACUUUUUAACGUUUACUACUCGAUAACCGAAUCAUCGAACAUUAUUUGAGUGUUUAACAUUCGCUAGAUAGAUGAGUAUUAUGUGCGCUUAACUAUAAUGAUUUGUUACACUAUCUACCUAUGACCGUCUGUAAUUUAUGAGCAUCGUUUCUCGUCGUGUUUAUGUUAUCGUGCAACAGGUCCUUCUUAUUGAGACGACCUAUUUUAGAGUACCUACAUCAUACAUAUGCUUAUGGUGAUACGUUUUGUUGUACAUAAUAAUCGUCGCUAAUCACAAUAUGUCGAAAUACCUCAACAAACGUUUCCUACGCGAGUUAGCUUUGUCUACUAGUGUUGGUGUCGUCAGCGGUUUUGGAAUAUUCAUUUUUCAAGAAUAUAACAAGACCAAUGCCCCAGUAAAUAAUGUUCUAGAAAAGAGUUAUAAUAAAAUAUUCGAGGACAAUUGGGAUUCUAACUGGGAUAAGCGACAACUUAAAAGUUUAGUAAAACCAGUUUACUCAAAAAAAAGAGAGCUUCAAGAUAAGUAUGAUAAGCAAAUUAAAAGCCAAAAAUCCUGUGCAACAAGACACAUUUUCCUUAUUAGACAUGGCCAGUAUAAUCUAUCUGGUGAGACUGAUGGAGAUAGAAAGUUGACUGAAUUAGGGAGAAAACAAGCAUUUUUUACUGGCGAGCGCUUAAGUAUAUUGAAUUAUCCAUGGACAAAAAUUACACAAUCAACAAUGACUCGUGCAAUGGAAACUUGUUCAAUAAUCCAAAAACAAUUGCCUGAAAAUAUUCCUAUAACAACAUCUGAUUUAUUAACUGGAUCCCCAAUUCAACCAGAUCCACUAUCCAAACACUGGAUACCUGAGUUAAUUUUUAAUACGGAUAAAAGUCGUAAAGAAGUGGCUUUUCGAAGAUUCAUUCAUAGAGCACCACCUGAACAAAAAAAAGACUCUUAUGAAUUAAUAGUUUGCCAUGCAAAUGUUAUAAAAUAUUUUGUUAUGAAAUCAUUGCAGUUGACACCAGAGGCACGGUUACGUUUGAAACUAGAUCAUGCAAGUAUAACAUGGCUUUCUAUUGCUCCAAAUGGAAGAGUAACUUUACGAUGUUACAGUAAUUCAGGAUACAUGCCACCAGAUGCUAUUACUCAUUAAGUGCUGUUUUCAAAUUAUCAAUUUAUUAUCGAAAGAAUUAAAAGUACUGAAAUUCUAUACAUUUUUUAAUCAAUAUCUAUUUAAGUUAAACAUAAAAAAAAUUUUUGUCAUACCUCCAUUAAAAUUCAAUUUUUGAUGCUGCUUGUAGCAUCAAAUACCAACUUUUAAGUGAUUUACAU